UAUGACGAAAUUCAUGAUCAAUAACAGGACAGACGCAUGAAAAACUGACGUCAAUUUGUUAAUUCGUGUUUUUGAUGGUCUCAUUAGAGUUCAGAUUCCUCUGAGGAGAAAAUACCUAAUGACUGGGCUGCGUUCUGAGCAAUGCACAAACCUAGUCAACUAAGAACCACAUGUUAUCUACCCCUACAAAUGUGCAAUUUUUGCAUCGUGGAGAAAACAGGUGACAGGAAAUUCACCAACUUAAAACGACAACAAUUUCUUAGAACUAACGUUUAGAGGAGGUAAGGUGCUGAAAUCACGAUUUCGUAGCUAGCAGUAAGCGUAGUCCCUCUUUCGCUUAGUCCGUCGUGCGUGAAGGGUUGCCCAAAUUCUCAAACCAUGGAGAAUUUCAGAUGAUGUUUAAAAAAAAUGGGCAAAUUGAUCAAAAUACCGAAGAAUUUUUCCAUUCUUUUGUUUCUUCUAUCCACAGCCGAGCCAAAUCCUCUGUUGUCCAGCGUGUCAGCUCAAAACAAGUCAUUCCUGUCCGUGCAGGUCAUUUGGCGUCUUACAGCUCAUGGCGUCUUUUCUGCCGCUCGCGUCGUCAGCCUCAAACUCAGGUUGUUGAAUUCCAGUGAAUGGAGCCAUCAAAUUAACAACAUAUCACAGGAGCACGUGCUUUACAAGUUUGAACAUCUACAGCCUAACAGUGUGUACAUCCUGAACAUAACACUCCACAACAAAGACAAACAAUCUGAGAGCAGGGCAGUCGUAUUCUGGUCAGCGGCUUCCAACUCUUCAGAAUCUGAUCAAAGAUCGUUGCUUCUAUAUCAAGUCACCAACAGAAGAGCUCUAGGCGUGGCGCUAGGCAUCAUAGGAUUGCUUGCGAUAAUGACAAUAACAUACGCUUGUGUCACGUGGUGCCAUUCUGACAAAAAUGGCUACUCCAUUCCACCAGGACAGCAGAAGCGAUGUAUAAAUGAUGAGAACGGCGCGCUUUUUCUAAGAGACACUACAACUAGUUUGUCCUACAAUAGGGCCUUUGAAGACGAUAAGUUCGACUGGAUGGACGAUGAGAUAAUAUCGUAAAUUUGUGGUCUAUAAAAAAAUCUUUCAGCGUCACCAAUAUCGCAACUGUACUGGAGUCCUCUUAUUCCCUGGCAUUUAAUGAUCAGUUCAGUUCUGAAUUCUCUCUGAAUAAACCCGGCACUCAAAUACAGUGCUGCAUGUGAUUUCCUCUUUAAUCAAUCUUAAUUAAAGAAGCCUCUUUACUGAUGUCCCUUCUUCAAAAAUAUGGCCCUAAAUUUCUCAAGUUCGUUGUUGGUCAUAGCCUCACCCUUCCACACUCUCGACCAAUUUCCGUUCCUUUAGGGUCAUCAGGGGCAGAUUCAGGGGGGCUGGGUUGGGUUGGGUGGCUAGCCACCCCUUCUUUGGAGGGACAAAAAAAUUAAAAAAAAAAAAAAAGAAAUGAAAACAAUCGUAAAUACAGUUGGACCUCACCAAUUCGAACUCGGUUAUUUCGAAUUCCUCGUUAUUUCGAACUCAAAACCAUUUCCUUUGGAUUUGCCCCUCAGUCGUUUUCUAUUAGUUAUUUCCAACUCCCGCUAUUUCGAACUAUUUUUCGUUUCCACUGAGAGUUCGAAAUAGCGGGGUUCAACUGUGUCAAAAAAGAAAUAAAGGCAAACACUCUGGACUGGUACCUCAUCGAUUGAUUCCAAUUGCAAAUUCGCCACAUUUGGGAAGAGCAUACCCUAUUAUUCUGCAACCCCAAGAUAACAGCCCCCCACCCCCCUCCCUUUGAUGCACCCGCCCCUGCGGUAUGUCUUCGUAUAUUGUUGCCCACAUUUUUUUUAUUUUCCAUCGUUUUUAAGCCCGCCUGAGUUAUCUAAGAUGAGCAUUUUGGUUAUUGCCCUUGGUUUUUCAUUCUCAUAAAUUUGGCUGCUGGAAUCAGCAACGAAAAUCUCUAUUUUCUUUCACCCACAGUUCAUUUUUCAUUUUUUUCAAUUCAUCAUUUAAAAACCGGAACUCGAAAAUUGACCGUAUCCGUGUCAAACACGCCUUGUGGAACCGUAUCCGUGUCAAACACGACUUGUGGAACAUAAGCCCAGCCGCAUCGCAAAGAAAAUACCUCUACAACUUCCCAAGUUCCUGGGCCUCAAAUUUCGCCACGGCAAACCGUUUUCGGGUCACGUGGUCCGGGUCGUUCGUCUGGGAAAGGUCACCGAAAUCAAUUGACCGUGA